AAAAAAACCUUAGAAAUUGCAUGCAGCAACAGCUAAAAGUGAAAGUUUUGUCUUAAUCCAUAGAUAUGCAGUAAAAAGUAGGGUUCUCGAGGUUUAAAUACAAUAUAUCUUUGUUCUUAAAGAAGUAACAAAAUGAGACAACAGAUGCAAUUGGGAUAUCUGCUCUUAGUGGCAUUGUCCUUUAUAAUGCGCAUAGUAUAUGCUCAUGUUUUUCCUUUCUUCACAGUUCAUAAUGAAGUGGCUGUUUAAGUUUGAUAAGGACAAAUGGCAGAAGAGGCAGAGGCAGAUGCAGAAAAAUCUCAGGAGUAUGGAGAGUAUAAGGAAGAUAAAUAGAGAACUCAUUCUUUUCUUUAAGAGAAAUCAUGAAUUUUUUCAUGUGGAGCGAUGUAUUGAGGAUGCUGCAGGGGAUCCAAUAGCAAUUCAAAAAAUGUUUGACAGUAUUCCUGUAAUGGCGAGUGAUCUGAUGAGUGGUAACGAGAGUUUCCAAUUCGCGGCUACAGCUAGACUGAGUUUUUUGUUAUCAACUGAAAAUCCUCCAAUUGAUGUAGUUAUUCAAAGUGGUGUUGUUCCUCACUUUGUGCGAUUUCUUAAUGAGCAAUAUGGCCUCCAACACAAGCUUUAUUCUGUAAGAGCUUUAUAUGCUAUUGGAAAAGGGUCAUUAGAGCAGGCAGUCGUUGUAAUUAAACAUGGAGCCAUACCUAUGUUUAUACGGCUGUUGUGUUGCUCUGAAGAAUGUUAUCAAUUGAAGGAGCUGGUGGCAGCAGCUUUGGGUAGUCUGGCCAAUCAAUCUCCUGAUUUUAGAGACUAUGUUCUUCAGUUUGGUACUCUCACUCCAUUGUUAUCUUUAUUAGAUAACCACUUGGAGCCUCCUAUGCUUCAUGAGAAGAUAGCCUUGUUGCGUACUUGUAGCAACACCUUGGCUAUCUUCUGUCAAGGAAAUCCAGCACCAUCAUUUAACCAGAUAAGGUCUGCACUGCCAAUUCUUCGUAGACUUAUUCAUUUGAACCCUCCGGUUGGAGUUAUUGGUGAAGUUUGUGAGGAUGCUUGCCUGUGUCUCUCUUAUCUAUCAAAUGGUUCAGCUGAACAAAUCCAGGCUCUAAUCGAUGCAGAUGUCUGUGCAAGGCUCGUUAUGCUUUUAGGUCUUUCAGAUGGAAAAAUUGUUGAGCACGUGCUUAGAACAGUAGGAAACAUUUUUAAGGGAGUUGAUUCUCAGAUUCAGAUUCUGAUAAACAACGGGGUUUUCUUUCGUUUGAAUGCUAUUCUCAUGCAUGGGAGUAACAGUUCUGUCCUGAGGAAAACUUGUUCGGCAAUCUCAACUUUGACAGCUAGAGAUAGAAAUCAGAUACAAGUAGGAAUUUACUAUGGUUUUGUAUGAACUUAUUUCUUCUGUAAAUAUAAAUCACCUUAAUCGUUUUCAUUGAAUAUUUAGUGUUCCAAAGACUGAUGAAAUCUAUAGGUUUAUUCUUAUACAAAUAUUUGUAUGUUGUAUGCUCUGUUUCUACAGUGUGAGUACAAUGUAUGGGACUUUUGUACAAGUUCUUGGUAAUAUAUGCAUGUUAGCGUUUAUUAAUUUU